GCGUGUUUGUCGCAGAAAGAUGAGGAAAAACCGUUGGUGAAAUUGUUUGAGCAAAUAAACAAUGAACAACCCUAUGGCCGUGGCGCCAACCAAGUGCCAAAUGAUGGAGGACCAAAAGCGGCAACAAGGCAAUAACAAUGUCGUGAAUGGGCGUUAUUUGGAGACCAACAGAGCAAAUAUGCCGGUGUUCCUCAUGAAAUCUCCCCCGCUCGUCUCUCGCUGUCUGAAACCUGAUGUCUCCUCCGCCUCCGCUUCUGAUCAGCAGCAGUCUUCUCCCGCUGUUGCCAAGUUGGUUCUCUCUUUUGACCCUAUUGCCGAGGUCAGCGAGGGACGUUAUCCGUGGAGGGGAGGAUAUUGCAGAAAUUUGAUAUGAAGCCCCAUGGUGAGAACCUUGAGAACUAUGGGAAACUUUGCCGCGAAAGGACCAAAAAAUAUAUGAAGAGUAGAAAGAUUCAGGUGAUGAACAACGACAAUGGGGCUCAUAUGAGGCCCAGGCCAGGGAUGAUGAUUGGUUUCAUGUCUCCUGGAGCAAGCGAGAAAAAGAAAAUGCCAACGAAGGGGUCAGACAUGAAAAGAACAAGGAAGGACCGCGGAGAAAUGGAAGAUAUCAUGUUUAAUCUCUUUGAACAGAAACCAAAUCGGACGUUAAGGCAACUGAUCCAAGAGACUAACCAACCAGAACAAUUUUUGAAAGACAUACUCAAGGAUCUUUGUAUCUACAACAACAAGGGAGCUAAUCAAGGGACGUAUGAGCUGAAACCGGAAUACAGGAAAUCAGUCGAGGAGCCAACUCCGGAUUAGGUUGUAUGAUACUGAUUUACUUUCGCUGACACGCACCUUUUCCGGGCAGAUACCUCUCUUAACGGAUCAGUACUUGUUAUGUUUCUUCUUAAACUACUGACCUGACUCUUCCUUUUUAGCAGAACCCGAAUGUGUUCUUCAAUCUUCGGUAUGAGCAAGACGAAAACUAAUGCUACGGGCUUCACCAGUUUCGUUUGCAUAGUUUGUAGAUUUAGGAUUUCAUGGGCAGCAGAUUUUGCAGCAUUUUGUAGAGAACCAAUCUGCAUAUUAUGCCAAUAUGUUGGAAGGCUUCAAGAACUCAAAUCAUCAUUCGAAAUUGUUGACAUCCAUAUCUUUGUCAUGGUACAUCGCCACAUGAUGCUCUGUUCCGAUGAAACAAAGACAUGUGAAUAAAAAAAUUACACAAAUUUUUAUUUCA